GUGUUGCCAACAAUCGCCGAAAGCAAAAGGUGGAGCAGCAUAUGUGUGGGCUCAUGCGGUCCAACGAAGACAAUCAGCAAGGCUACUUCCUUCUGCGUUGGGAGACAGCUGUGCUUGGAGAGAAGCUGAGGCAGCUGGAUCGCUUGGUGAUAAGCCAGAAGCCAGGCCGGGACCGGGCCUUAGGGAGGAUCCGCUGGUACCGGAGUGACGGUCGAUCGCGCAAGGUCAUCCUCUUUAGGGCCUGGACGCAAAUCUCAGCGGACUGGCGUCAGAAGCGGAAGAGCAAGGAGCGGUAUGUGAUGGCCGGCUUGCAGGAGGAAUCUCUCACCAUAGCAUUCUUACUUCGAGCAUGGCAAGGCGCUGCUCGUUCAGAGAUCAUCGACAAGCGCCAGGCUGAGAUUCAGCGCAUCAAAGCAGCGCAUGAGGAAGAUCUGGAGCGGCUCCGCGAGUCUUUUGUUGGAAAGAUGCGCCAAGAGAAGGAGGCGCAGAUCGAAGCCCGGCAGGAGGACCUGCGCAAGCAUUUCGCUGGUUCUCAGGAAGCACUUCGGCUGAGCUCCUUCAGCUCCUGGCGCGACUAUACAGUCAUGAGCAGGCAGCAGCGCCUCUUGGGCGGCGCAGCGAAGCAGCGCGCCGAAGUCGCCGCACAGCGCGCUGCGGUGGGCCUGCUCCAGUCGCUGUUAGCUGCGGCCAUGGGAGCCUGGGCAGAUCACUGCCGUCAGGAAAAGUCCUUGAGCCGAAUGCCGAACAUGUUGCUGACAGAAGAUAUCUUUCACCUCCCCAUAAGCGCCUAG